AUGUCGCGCUACAACGACGACAACGAGAAGCACCUCGGAGGCGCAUACAAUGGAUCCGACCCCGAAAAGGUCUACGGGAACGAUGACCACUCGAACCAGAUGGAAGAGGAGGAGACACAUCGUUCCUUGAAGCCAAGGCAGAUUAGUAUGAUUGCUAUCGGUGGUGCUAUCGGUACCGGUUUGGUUAUCGGUUCGGGAACGUCGCUGGCGCGGUCUGGACCUGCCUCUAUCUUCAUCGCCUACGCGGUGAUGGGAGCUGUCUGCUUCUCCGUCAUGAUGGCCCUCGGUGAAAUGUCAACUAAAUACCCCUCGAAGAAGGGUUUCGCAGGCCACGCGACCCGUUGCGUCGACCCCGCCUUCGGUUUCGCGACCGCCCUCGUCUACCUCUGCAAAUACCUCAUCAUCUCGCCCAACCAGAUCGUCGCCGGUGCACUCGUCAUUCGGUUCUGGAACACCUCGAUCAACUCGGGUGUAUGGUGCGCCAUCUUUAUCGUCUUUGUCAUCGCUGUCAAUUGCUUGGGUAUCAAGUGGUUUGGUGAGAUCGAAUUCUGGCUCUCCGCAGUCAAGAUCGUCACUCUUACCGGCCUGAUCCUGCUCGGUCUCAUCAUCGACCUCGGAGGUGUUCCCGGCCAGCAGCGUCUCGGAUUCGCCUACUGGAUGGACGGCCGUGCCUUCAAGGCAUACAAAGUCGCUGGUGACCUCGGCAAAUUCCUUGCCUUUGUCAACGCCCUCGUCCUUGCCCUCUUUGCCUACAUGGGCACCGAGCUUAUCGGUGUCACUGUCGGUGAGGCCAAGAACCCGCGCAAGACCGUCCCGGCCGCCAUCAAGAAGACCUUCUUCCGUAUCCUCUUCUUCUACAUCUUUGGUAUCCUCAUCAUCGGAAUGGUCGUCGACUCGAACGGUGCGCUCCUCGCGGCUGCCGUCGCCAGGGGUACCGCCGGUGGUGCCAGCGCCUCCCCGUUCGUCGUUGCCAUCCAGGCCGCCGGUAUCACGGUCCUCCCCCAGAUCAUCAACGCCUGCAUCCUCCUCUUCACCAUCUCGGCCGCCAACUCGGACCAGUACAUUGCUACCCGUACCCUCUACGGAAUGGCCAAGGACGGAAACGCACCGCGCAUCUUCACCAAGUGCUCCCGCCGCGGAGUCCCCAUCUACGCUUUUGCCUUCACCGGCUGCUUCAUGGGCUUGGCCUUCCUCUGUGUGUCUACCGACGCCUACACCAUCUUCUCCUACUUUGUAUCCACCACCACCAUCUUUGGUUCCCUCACCUGGAUCUCCAUCCUCGCCUCCCACGUCGGUUUCAUGCGCGGCAUGAAGGCCCAGGGUAUCUCGCGUGACACUCUCCCGUACAAGGCUCCCUUCCAGCCGUACGCGACCUACCUCGCCCUCGGCCUCACCUGCCUCAUCUCCUUCUUCAAGGGUUUCGACGCCUUCAUGCCCUUCGACUACAAGGUCUUCAUCACCCACUACAUCGGUAUCCCCGUCUACAUUAUCGGUUACGCCACCUACAAGAUUGCUCGCAAGACAUCUUACAUCCCCGUCGGCGAGAUCGACUUCUCCACCGGCUCGCGCGAGUUUGCCGAUGUGCACGAUGACGAAGAGGAGGACUACCAGUACAAGUCCAUGUCGUUUGGCCAGAAGGUGCUCUACAAGAUCAAGAACUGGUAG